AUGAGUUCUAACACCCCAGCAAUCAUGGUGGCGGUGGAAGAAGAACCCAGCAUGAACCCAGUUCUAAUUAAGAUGCAAGCUGACGUUACGAAGAUUUUAAGUGACAAUCAGGAACUAAGAAAAGACGUUGAAAGUUUGAAGACCUCGAUGCAAUGUCAUGCUACAGAAGUAGAUGCACUUAAGACGCAAAAUGGGAAACUAGUUCAAUCAAACUGUGCUUUACAAAGUGAACUAAAUGAGCUAGGAAGGAGAGUGCAGGCCCUCGAAUAUGAUCACAAUGCUCUAGAGCAAGACACACAUAAAUUUAAUGCCGAAAUUCACAGCGUUCUGGAACACAAAGGUGAAAACCCGCAGGACAUUGUUAUGAAAAUACACCUAAAGAUGUCGGUAGAUGUAACAACCCAAGAUAUCGACAUUGUACAUCGAUUGUUCCGAAAGUCGCAAGCCAUAAAACCCAUAAUAGUUCGUUUCACUUUAUAUAAGAAGAGACGAGAAUUCUACAAAGGCAGAUUCCAUUUGAAAGAAACGAAUAUUACGGAGAUCAUUGGAAUUGCACAAGGUUAUGCGGAUGGAAGGAUCUUUGUCAACAAGAACCUUACACAGUAUAGACAUGAAGUCCUGGCCAAGGCAAGGAAAAUGAAGAAAGUGAACAAGAUCUUCCGGGUUUGA